UUCACCCAUUUCAUCAAACCAUUCCUUUCAAGAAAUGACUCAUCGGAUCCUGGCUGUGUCUCAUUUAGCGGAGGUAGUAUAGAGUGGCUACAGGCAAACCUUGACAGCUUCUCUGGUUUUGCAACCCUGCAGGACUUGCAAGCGCUCAAUCCCAACUUCUCAAGUGCCGAAGCCUUGUCAUUGCUCACUCCUACUCAGAUGGCACAGUUCGCACUCAGCUCAGAGGCCUCCAAUGACACAGACCAAAUCGACCGUGUGUUUGAGCAACUUGAGGAGGGCAAUGCUCUGGAAAAUGUGAAUGAAUUCCUGACAGGGCUGACAGCAGAUGAACAGGUCCCCGAUUUACAACCUGUUGUGAGAGAUCGUGUAAUGAAUAGGACCUUCACCAUCAUCGCGCCCCAUUUCCCGAGCUUCACAGAAGACGACUGGUUUCUUUGGUUCCAUCUGACACUGGUUCCUGUCCUCCCAAGUUUCAAUGCAAUGAUGCUGGAGAGUGCAACCUCAAACAUGAGCUGCACUAACUACCAUGUCGUCGUGAGUGGGAUGGCCAAAGCAUUCCCUGCGAUGACGUCGCAGAGACGACAAGAAAUCACAGAUACUCUGCUGGACUUCCUGAAAAACUUGGCCAGUGCCUUCGAUGAGGAGAGAGCUUGCAGGCAGGCAAGUCAGAGUGACGUGGAAUGGCUUGAAGCAAACUUGGGUCCGUUUUCCCAAUACGCUCCAUACUCUGACCUCAGAGCCUUCAACCUCUCUGAGGUGGCAAUUGUGGACUCCCUCUCACCAAUCCAGAAGGCUGAGCUGAUCCUUGAUCCAAACAGCCGCGCUUCUGAGGAUGAGGCCAUCGUAAGGGAGGUGUUUGCAGGCUUGACAGAGUCCCCUGAUGAUGAACAGCUCGAUCAGUUUUUCCAGGCUUUUGCAAACAUCUGCCAUCAGAGAAACAUCACCGUUAUCACAAAUCCAGGGGUCCGAGACACCAUCUUGAACCUGACCUUGACAGCCCUUGCUCCCAAACUUGUAGGAUUUCAGCCUGAAGACUAUGAGUUGUGGUUCCAGGACAAUUUGGCUCCUGUGAUGGCGAGCAUCCAUCCUGGCAGUUUGGUGGUGAUUCCCAGUGACAUCAGCUGUCGAUCCUACGCAGCUAUAAUCACUGGUCUUCGGCAAAGUUUGACAUCCCUGCCGCUGCACCUUUCACACAGUGUGAGAUGGAGCAUGGAGUCAUUGAAGGAGACAUUCGCACGUUGCUCAGUUCCAUAUUCCUUCAGGUGCAAGCAGACCCCGGUUGAUGAGUACCUCAUCUGCGCUGGAAUCAAUGGAUCACAGCUCGAACAAACCCUGGACAUUGACAGUCCCUCUGAAGCUCUGUGCAAUUUUACCAUCACUGAGCAUGCCUGUUCCUCGGCAAGACACCUCACAUCCAGCAACUUGGCCACACUGCUGACGUGCUCGCUGGAAAGCCAAAGGGCACCCCCGGUAGAGGUCUGGAAGCUUCUCUUCCAAAAAACUACUCCUGAACUAGACCAGGCUCUUGUGACAUUCGCCAACACGGCCCCCAACAACAGCAACCCAACCCUGUCACAUGCUCUUGAGGCUCUUGGUGAGGUGGUUUUUGACAACGUCAGUCAGGCACAACUGCAGAGUGUUGACUUUGUCAGCAGCUGGUUCCAGACAAGGAUUGGUCCGUUUUUGGCCUCUUCGUCAACCAACUUCCUCUUCUGCCUUAGCACCAAGGACUUCAGCUGCCAGACGUACCAGAUUGUCAUCCAGGCAUUCAGCAGCCAAAGGCCUUCCAUGGACAGAGAAAGUCAGCAAGCUGUCUUCACCCAUUUCAUCAAACCAUUCCUUUCAAGAAAUGACUCAUCGGAUCCUGGCUGUGUCUCAUUUAGCGGAGGUAGUAUAGAGUGGCUACAGGCAAACCUUGACAGCUUCUCUGGUUUUGCAACCCUGCAGGACUUGCAAGCGCUCAAUCCCAACUUCUCAAGUGCCGAAGCCUUGUCAUUGCUCACUCCUACUCAGAUGGCACAGUUCGCACUCAGCUCAGAGGCCUCCAAUGACACAGACCAAAUCGACCGUGUGUUUGAGCAACUUGAGGAGGGCAAUGCUCUGGAAAAUGUGAAUGAAUUCCUGACAGGGCUGACAGCAGAUGAACAGGUCCCCGAUUUACAACCUGUUGUGAGAGAUCGUGUAAUGAAUAGGACCUUCACCAUCAUCGCGCCCCAUUUCCCGAGCUUCACAGAAGACGACUGGUUUCUUUGGUUCCAUCUGACACUGGUUCCUGUCCUCCCAAGUUUCAAUGCAAUGAUGCUGGAGAGUGCAACCUCAAACAUGAGCUGCACUAACUACCGUGUCGUCGUGAGUGGGAUGGCCAAAGCAUUCCCUGCGAUGACGUCGCAGAGACGUCAAGAAAUCACAGAUACUCUGCUGGACUUCCUGAAAAACUUGGCCAGUGCCUUCGAUGAGGAGAGAGCUUGCAGGCAGGCAAGUCAGAGUGACGUGGAAUGGCUUGAAGCAAACUUGGGUCCGUUUUCCCAAUAUGCUUCAUACUCUGACCUCAAAGCCUUCAACCUCUCUGUGGUGACAGUUCUGGGCUCUCUUUCUUCAAGACAAAAAGCUGAAUUGCUUCUCGAACCAAACAACCUGUCAAAUGAAACCCUUGUGAGACUUGUAUUCGCAGAACUUAGUGCGUCAUCCCGUAUGGAAGACCUUGGCACUUUCUUUGAUGAAUUUGUUAGUGGUGCUGCAGAGCAAAACCUGACAACCAUCAACCCAAGAGUGCGUGACACCAUCCUAAAUCUGACACUUACGGCACUUGGACCAAAAUUAUCCAUGCUGGAUGCUGAGGGAUUUAGGUUGUGGUUCCAGGUCUACCUCCCUCUGUUCCUCCCAAGCAUUGAGUCAAGCACAUUUGAAAUGAUUCCAAGAAAUAUCAGCUGUGACUCCUAUAAAGAGAUUGUAAAGGGGUGCGACAAUAUUUUCAAUCAACUCUCCAUGGCACAGACCCAACAGGUUUUCACCUUCACCAUGGACUAUUUUAAGACAAAUUCCUCCUCAGGUCUCUCCUGCAUUGAAUCUGUAAAUGAUGACAGAGAUUGGCUGGAAGACAACUUUGGUCGAUUCCGUGUGCAUGCCUCCUACGAAGAUUUUGUGACCUUGAAGAACAAUUUCAAUGGAGUGGAGGUUGCAGAUCUUCUCACUGUCAGUCAGCUGGCCCAGCUCGCAGCAACUCCCUCACAGCUAACAGGGGCACAAGAUGUGAAAAAAGUAAUGAAAGUCAUCAACCCUGAUGACUUUGGUGCCUUCUUUGACACAGUCUCACCAGCCAUUGAGAUCAACCAGGCCAACUACACAGAAGAGGUGAAAUCUGCUCUCCUCCAGGAGGUCUUUGACAGGGGGAAUCUGUCCUCUGUCGCUAUCAGCGACACAGAGUUCCUGCUGUGGCUCAGGGCGCGACUGAGCCCUCUCCUGGUUAAUCUGUCUCCCAGCCUGGUGACACCUUUGUUUGACAUCGGGACGAGCAGGAGUUGUAACAGCAGCCGAGAGAUGAUUACAUUGCUGGACACACUAAAUUUGACACUCAGCAGCAACACCCAAAGGGAGAUCUACCAAAGCACCCUCCUCUUCCUCCAAGGCCCACCGGCCCUCAAGUGUUACGAUGGUGGAAGCUUCUACGUCUAUCUGAGAAACACUUUCCUCAGCUUUGGCUUUCCAGAUUUGUUCACGUUCACGUCUCUUCUGCCACAGGCACGCGAGUCAGAGCUCCUGAAUACCAUCAGCACCUCAGAGCUGCGUCAGUUCCUCAAUCAGCCCAAUGUGAUCGGUAACGACUCUGACAUCUGUGUCAUCUUCAACAACUACAACAGCACUCCUGCCUUCCUAGAAACAGAGGAUGUUCCAGAUGAGGUGAGGAAGGUGAUCCUCCCUUGUGUUUGGCCUCUGGCACUGAGCAGCAACAACAGAUCCGAGGUUGAUGCCUGGUUCAACCUACGGUUGAAGAACUAUAUCAGAUUCCUUAGCAGGAGCCUCAUCAGCUCCAACGAAGUGCAGAAUGCUUCAUGUCUGGCCUUCCAGAAGCUCGUCUCUGUUAUGGGAAAUAACUUCACAUACAACAGCUCUGGGUUUGGACGUGCUGAUGUGUACACCACCAUCAGGACCUACUUGAGAACUGGCUCUGAAGCCAGAUGCUACGAUGCCAGUGAUGCAGAACUCAAUUCUACCGCCUGGUUUGCCAAUUACAUCGGCAGCUUUGUGACAUUUAUUACUCUGGAUGAUCUCACCUCCUUCGUCUCCACCAGUCAAAUGGAAGUCUUCUUGGUGGACCAAGCCAACCUAGAGCUCUUUAACAACACAGCAAUCCCAGAAAAUGUGACCAACUACUAUAUCUCACAGCUUUUUGAAUUCAACCCAACCUUCAACCCUCUGAAGCUUCCAGGCUUUUUCCUUUGCUCACCUGAGGUCCCGAGCUCAGCAUAUUCUUCUAUGAAUGAAAAGGACACCAUCCUCAUCUUAAAUGUGCUGAAUACACUCUGCAAUGGAACAAUGGAUGCUGAGAUAUCUGCUGCUCUGGCAUCAAACAUCCAGACAAUCACAGCAGAGACGCUCACCUCUCUGGGCAAUGCCAGCGCAGGACUGACCAGCAGCCAGAUCACAUCGGCCAACCCGUCAGUGCUGAUUUCCUCUAUGUCUACUCUGAGCUCUGUCAGCACCUGGAACCAGGAGCAGGCCUCCGCAAUCGUCCAAUCCAUUACUGCCUCAGGCUUCGAGAUCAACAGUGAAUCCCUGGAGUCCCUCGGCACACUUGUUGCUGGAGUUCCUUCAGACUCAAUCGAAAACGUCCCGGCUUCUGGGCUACUCAGAAUCUCCAAGAGCAGCACCUUUGUUUCCAACAUGCUGGCAGCGCCGACAGUCGUCCAACAGACCUUUAUCAAAAUGAUCAUUUCUGUGGACUCAAGUCCAGCCAAAGUGGUCAUGAAUGUCCCCGAUGCUAUGGCAACUGAGAUCCAACCAUCCCUGCUGGUAUUCUCUGAGGACACUGCGAACAUCAGUGUGAUUAAUAAAAAGCAAUGGACGAGCGAUCAGGCCACCAUGUUUUUUGGGGCACUGGCUGAAACAGAUGUUGACGUUGAGCAGAUCUCUCCUUCUGUGCUGCAAGGCUUCACGUGCACGUCAGUCCAGAAAAUGACAACAGCCAGGAUCAAGAAGCUGAUCCGUGCCUGUAGGCCGAGGAGAAGCAGGGCCAAGGUGGAGCUGAGGGAAUCGCAGCUGACUUGCAUGUACAACCUGCUCAGUGGAAACCUCUCCCAGAACUUCACAGAUUAUCCCUCAGACAUGCUUCUCUACUUCAACAACAGAGACAUCGAGAGAGCCAACUGCAGGUCCUACUUUUCCGCAGUGGGUGCGGCAGACUUCUCUGUGGCCUCCAAAGUUUUGAACAAGGACUCACUGCUGCUCAAUGAAGCCAGAACCUGCUUGGGUAUAAGUGGUGUGGAUCUGAGCAGGGACAACGUGGAGGUGCUGGGGAGCAUGGCCUGCACUCUAGACCCCAUUUACAUUGAGAAGGCUGAUCCUCUCAUUCUGGAAAACCUCAAAGCCUGCAAGGACUUCUCUGACAGCCAGGUGGCCGCCAUGGAGACGCUGCUGCUGUCUGGGAAAACACAAUACAGGAAUGUCACCACCUGGAACAUUCAAACACUGGAAAACCUUGGGGUCCUACCCCUAUAUUUCACAAGCAACAUCUGGAGCCAGUUCCCAACUAAAACAAAGAAGAAUUUCCUCAAGACCUUUAUGCCCAAACUGAGGAAAUCAAGGACAAAGAAGAGGAAGCUCAGGGCGCUGUUUAAACAGAUCAGCACUCUCAAGAUGAAACGAGGAACACGGGGAGCAGGCUGCACUGUGGGCAACAUCACUACGGUGACAGUUAGCGACGCCUCCUUCCCCUUCGGCUACGACCAGACGCAGUUUGACCUCUGUCUGGACGUCCCUGUUCUGAAGGACAACCUCUACUCUGUAUGCGAGAAAGUGGUUGACGAGGACUUUCAGAAAGUCAUUCUGAAGAAACUCAACCAGGCAUACCCGUCGGGUGUGUCCGAUGAGCAAGUUCAGCUGCUCGGCUCAGUGUCUCGUGUGGCGUCGCUCGAUGACAUCGCCAAGUGGAACGUCACUAACAUUGACACCCUUGCAGCACUCAUGAAAGCUGAUGAUGGAACAUGGGAGGCAGCAAAGAGCAAAGCAAUCAUCACCAAGUAUCUGAAUACCUCUGGGAACUCCCUGGGCAGCACUGAGCUGAACACUAUUGACUCCAACCUGUGCUCAUUAGACGCCAGUACACUGAAGACCAUCACUGCAGACGCUAUCGGAAAUGCCAAACUUCUGAAUGUGGAGUCCUGCUCCUCAGAGCAGAAGAAAGUCCUGUAUGAAAUCAGUAACACUUCCUUCAGCUCACAAAAUAGCAGUGCCAGCACCUACUACAAUUUAAUGAAGUCCUAUCUAGGUGGGGCAUCUCUGUCAGAUGUAGUGGCGUUGUCAACCCAGACCAUCAACAUGGACAUAGACACUUUACGGAGUCUGGAUUCCAACGUGAUCGCUAAUUUGACCGUGAUCAACGUGCAAGGCCUCAUGGGUAACCAGGUACAAGAUCUGAAGGUGUUUGAGAACGAUACCGUGAUUCAGGACUGGAUAAACAGGCAGUAUCAGUCAGACCUGGACAUCCUUGGUCUGGGCUUAACCACCAACAGAACCACCCCGACCUCUACACCAUCCAGCUUGAACAACAGCACAACCGCUCCUGCAUCAGCUACUAUCACAAGUGGGGGAGCAGAGCUUGCAAAACACCCUACAUCCAUAUUCCUGGCUGCUCUGCUGACAACUGUGCUGCAACUGCUACACCAGCCAGACUAAAUGCAUUUGUGUCUUCAGCUGCCUAAUCAAUAAUCAGUAAUGAUUUGCAUCUUGAGAGUGGGAUUUCUUGCUAUUAUUGUUAGUGUUUGACAUUGACAGCUAAAAAAAAUAAUUAAUUAAUUACUUUAACUGCUUAAUUUCUGCUUCAUGCUUGUCUCUUCAUGUUAGAAAACUAUGCUACUGAAUAAUACUUUUACAAUUUUUUAGGAAUCAAUUUUUUUAAAGAAUCAAAAUAAUGUAUUUUAAGCGGUGAUUGGGGAUUUUCUUCCACAUACUGGAAUUACUGGGGAGUACUGCUAACAAUAACAUUAUGUUCAAUCAUUAUUAAAGGCUAAAGAAACAGUACAUGGAAAUUAAAUAUCGAUAUAAUCAUUCCUCAAAUUUUCUGUAUAAUCUAUUAUGAUAAUUUACAUUGUAUUGUGCUAUUCCUUAAAUUAAUAAAUGCAUAG